UGUAACGUUUGCCUGAUGGCAGAAGAACAACCAGUUCAUGGAGAGGGUGUGAGGGGUCUUUAAUGAUGUACUGUGUCUUCUGGAGGUAUUGACUCUGAAAGAGGUCUUGGACAGAAGGAAAGGCAGAAUAGGCUGAAGAUCUGACUGUGUUACAGACGACAUCAUCUACACAAUCGGUAGUUCCUCUUCAGGGACCCCAGAUCAUUACUGCUAUCAGCUUGCUCUACCGUCUCCACAAAAAUACGCAUACCCAUUGAGGUAUCUCAGAGCGAAGGGUGCCAGUCCAUCAGCUGAGCCUUGAGCUGUACCCCGUUCCUCCACAGACACACCAUCGCCUUUUCAUGAAGAUGAAUUACUUGCGGAGGCGCCUCUCUGAUAGCAGUUUUGUGGCGAAUUUACCGAAUGGUUAUAUGAUGGACCUGCAGCGGCCCGACAAUUCGAUCAGCUCACCAGUGUCGCCAGCUACUGAGCGCCGCCAGCCGCUGGCCCCCUCUGCCGGCAACACCAUCCUCAGCUCCAUCUCCAACGCCGUCAAGCAGACCACGGCAGCUGCCGCAGGGCUGGUCGACCAAACAGCAACACCAACUGCCACCAGUCCUACCCCUCCUGCUGUCCGGAAGCCGAAAAUCCUCUUGGUGGUCGAUGACCCUCACACAGACUGGUCCAAGUAUUUCCGUGGCAAGAAGAUUCUGGAAGAAUACGAGAUACGUUUAGAGCAGGCGGAGUUCUCAGAACUGAAUCUGGCCGCCUACGUCAACGGAGGAUGUAUGAUUGAUAUGCAGCUGAUUCGGAAUGGAACCAAGGUGGUCAGGUCAUUCAAACCAGACUUUGUUCUCAUUCGUCAGCAUGCGUACAAUAUGGCCCAAGGCGAGGACUUUCGUAACCUCAUCAUUGGCUUGCAGUAUGGUAGAGUGCCUGCGCUUAAUUCUCUCCAGUCCAUCUACAACUUCUGUAACAAGCCCUGGAUGUUUUCCCAGCUGAUAAAGAUCUCCCACACUCUGAGUCCAGAAAAGUUCCCACUGAUUGACCAGACUUUCUUCCCCAACCACAGAGAGAUGCUCACAAUUCCCAAAUUCCCUGUGGUUGUAAAGAUGGGCCACGCUCAUGCCGGCAUGGGUAAGGUAAAAGUUGAAAAUCAUUACGACUUCCAGGAUAUAGCGAGUGUCGUGGCCCUCGCGAAAACCUAUGCAACCACAGAACCUUACAUUGAUUCCAAGUACGACAUCAGAAUUCAGAAAAUUGGGAACAAUUAUAAAGCAUACAUGAGGACUUCAAUUUCAGGAAACUGGAAAGCAAACACUGGCUCUGCUAUGCUGGAACAAGUGGCCAUGACAGAACGCUAUCGAACGUGGGUGGAUGCCUGCUCUGAGAUGUUUGGUGGACUGGACAUGUGUGCGGUAAAAGCUGUGCAUGGGAAAGAUGGGAAGGAUUACAUCAUUGAGGUGAUGGACAGUGCCAUGCCUCUCAUUGGAGAAUAUAUAGAAGAAGACAGACAGCUAAUAGCAGAACUGGUCAUAGAGAGAAUGAACCAGCUUCUAUCCAACAACCCUGCAGCACCCCAGCAACAAGCCGGAAUAACUCUGAGCCAGGUCCAGCCUCCAUCGACAAAAUCUCCAAUGCAUCCUCAAGCAGGAAACACUUCCCAGCGAGGGCAGACAGCUCAAGCACGUCCACCACCUCAAGGAAGCCCACGACAACCCCAGAGUCCCCAGAUACAGCGUUCCAACACGGCGCCUCACCAAAGGCCUCCUCCUCCUGGUCAGCAGUGCCAGAGCCCACCGUCUGCCACAGGUCAGCAGGAUAAAUCACCAGGAUCAGGUUCAGCUUCUCCAAAACAGAUCAGGUCUGCCGGCACCUCUCCCAACCAGUCAUCCAAGCCAGGAGGUUUCUCCGCACUGCAGGCCCGGCUGCCCACUCAGGGCCAGGCACUGCCGCAGCCGGGGUCGGGGGCAGCAGCACCACAGCAGCAACAGAGCGCAGUGCCACAGCCACUGCUCAACAAAUCCCAGUCCCUGACAAACAGCUUCAGUGUUCCUGAGACCCCUCAGCACGCUGCUGCCAGUGAAGAUGAAGCAAAAGCAGAAACAAUUCGAAACCUGAGGAAAUCCUUUGCAAGCCUCUUCUCUGAUUAACUCUGCAAUAUUUUCAUUUCUCAGUUGGUGGAAUAGAUAUUUAAUGCCGUGGAAAUGCAGGCAACUGCCAAACUGUUCUGAAAGUUUAAUGGGAAAUGGAGAUGGAAACAUCUGGACUGUAAGAUGCAACCACCCUUACAUGGAUAAGAGGGUGUUUCAUUUCAAUUGGUGGAUAAAAGGCUGUAAAAUGAAGUGUGGUUUUCCAGCCAGGUUGAGGCAAAAAUCCUGGAAUGUCAGGUGUGUGCAGGUGUAACUAUGUGUGGUGUGAAUAAUGUGCACUUUAUCUCGCAAUGCAGUUGUUGAAUGUCUUAUGGAAUGAUGUUACCAAUCAGAGAAUCACCAUUUAUUUGGAAUAAGAAAUAAAAUAUUUACAAGAUGGACUGGUAAUGAAUUCCUAAUAACCAAUCCAGUGCAGUCACUGAUCCAUUUAAAUCCCUUCCAUAUUCUCAAAUAUUUCAGUUUUAUGCUGAAUUUGAAAUCCUUUCUAGAAGCCCUAAUUUUAUAUCUUUCCUGAUUCAGUUUCUAUUCAGUCCUGGAUCCUUUUAUUUCUCUUUUUAUAUUAAUUGAUAAUUUUUCUCAAAGAGUACAAUAGAUCUAAAGAAAAAAUAGUUCAAUGCCAUGAUAGCUUAGCUUUGAUCUCUGGUAUCCCUUUUUAAUUAGGAAAUACCAAAGAAGGAUUUCUCUAGAAUGCAUGGUAUUUCAGAAAUGAUUAUCAAUCAGGGCAGGAACUCAUCAACAAUUUUCCAUCUCUAUUGAUGUGACAAACUCUCCAGAUCAGUGGUAGCUUCUUCCAACUGCAAUUAGCAAUUCCCUAUAGUGUUGCAUUCCACAUUCAAAUGUUAUCCUCAUUUCAUCUUAUCCAGUCACACCAUCUGGAACAAUUAAAGUCUGAUACAAGUAGUAACAAAAGAGAUCAGCGUUGCAAAUUUUGCCCUUACUGGGAUCAGUGAUAAUCAGUCAUAAUUUACUUUGGAAGUUAAUUUAAAGCCACCAGCAAGUUGACAUUACUAAGUUUUUUUCUCGUAUUUCACGAGCAUCAGUAAAAAUACUGUAGACAUUGGAAAUCUUAAAAGGAUCUGGAAACCUUCUUCAGGUUGGACAGUGUCUAUGGAAAAAGCAACAGAGUUAAUUUAUCUGGUCAAAGACACUUUGGAGGUCUUUAACCCAGACAUUAACUCUGUUUCUUCAGCCACUGAUGCUGCCUGGCCUGCAUGUGCUUCUCCCAUUUUCUUUGAUAAACUAUUGGACAAUUUCAACUAGCUCCAGCAGGAUAAAAUGAUUAAAGGCUUUUGAUUGGAAUUAUCAAUUUAAAAUUGUCCUGGCAAAAAUGAAGAAUGAACAUAGGAUAGGUUUUAUUUUGUGCAGCAAUGUUUUAAAACAUAGAAUGCUUAACCAAGAGUACUUGAGAUAAAUCUGACAGAUCCCUUCAAGCAAAUUGGAUAAAUUGGCCAAAGAACAUAUUGAUUAUGAUGAGAAAUUAAGGCCGUGAGAUUGCUUUGGACUGCUCCAACCACAAGCCAAUUAAAGUACACCAAGUCAAUGCUGGAAUUUUAUUUGAUUCAUACAAGUACAAGGCUUCUUUGAACUCUAGAUUUCUUUUAUGAAAAAUAAAUGCAUCACAAACAGUGGAAUCAAACAAGAAGUUAGUAGUUUGAUGUUUGAGUUAUGUAAUAAAAAGACAAUUCUCACACCAUUUUGGAGUAUAAAUGUUAACAUUUGGUAAUGGUGCAAGACAGCCGACAUAUUUUCUUUUUCAUAGACUAACCCUGAGCUCAGCUACAAAUCAGUCCAACAAUAAAAUUAGGUGGAAAGUACUGUCAAGUUUUGAGACUGAUGGGAAAUUCCAUAUUGACAGAUAAUUAAUUCAGGCUUGAUUAGAUCAGUAUGACCUUUAGAAUAAACAACUACCAUAUUAUAUCCAAAACAGAAACCCUUAUAUUCCUUCCUAACUCCCUAACCAUAUGAUGGGUCUAAUGCUUUGCAUACAAAAUUAUUUCAAAUGCUUAGUAGAGGCUUUUCAUGGUUGAUUCUUAAUAGUUGGCAGAAGGAAACAAAACUGCAAAAUGAUCACACGGGGUAGUUGUUGCAGAGCCCUUAAUGUAUAAAAAAAUUAUCAGUAAGAAAAAGUAACCAAAAUGCUAGGUCAGAGGUUCCCAGCCUGGGGUCCAAGACCGCUUGCUUGUGUUGGUCCAUGGCAUAAAAAUGGUUGGGAACCCCUGUGCUAUUUUACUCAUCUUAAUGAGAUUUACAUCCUGUAAUAGUUGCAAUGCAAUAGAUAUCAAGCCUUUUUGAAAUAUUGCUUCAUACUAGGCAAGUUUGUAUAUAGUCUUUAUUUUACUUCAGUAGUAAAACAACAGUAUCAUUGAGAGAUACAAGAUCUGCUGAAAGGGAUUGGCAUGGUAGAUGCUAUAAGGCUGUUUCGUCUUGGCUAGACAGUCUAGAAUCAGAGGGCAUAAUCUCAGGAUAAAGGGUUAACUAUCUAGGACCAAGCUGUGAAGAAAUUUCCAUAUGAAAUAUCUUGGUGUGUAUACCCAGUAUAUUUAAAGCUGAGUUCAAUAUGUUUGAAUACUAAGGGAAACAGAUAAUGAAAAUUGGCUAGGCAGGGUGGGAGAAUCAGGUGGCAAAUUAAACUUCAGGCAUAGUAUUAACCGUGCUUUUAUUGAAUGGUGGAACAGGAGCAGAAGAUGCUCUUGUUUCUACAGCAUUUCCUUUGUCCGAUCAUCACAGGAAGCAUUUUAAGUUGUUGCACUAAUUCAUACAGAAAAUAAUUUCUGAUGAUCUGGAACCCAAUACUCAUUCUCUUGCCCAUUUGACCUCCUUUGAGAUCUGAAGAGAAAGAUGUAAUGCGUACAACUCAGUAACCCACUGGUGCCACUAAUUGUCUGGGCCAGGCCAAUGUUAAUAACUUCCUGCUGCCUUUCUCUUUUCCUUUAAAAGCCUGCAUUCCCCCACGUACUCCUCAUGGUCGGUGUCUGUAUUCUGCUCAUUCUGCAGCUUCAUUCUAUGUUCCCUUGUAUCCUAUUUUUCUGACUGAUUCAGGGCCCUGUUAAAACUGUUUUCUAUUUCAAAUGAAUACUCCCAGCUGACUCAGAUAUCAAUUUCACGACAAAUUUACAUGGAUAUAAUCCUGAAGGAGCUAUUCAAAAUGACUGUCCUCAUGGGGAAAUCUUUCAUCCAGAGUUCUCCAGAUAAUUGAAGUUCCAGGGAGUAGUGAAAGAAGAUUAAGAAGUUUGCUGAAGAGGUAGAAGGGUGGAAAGAGAGAAAAGCAAAAACUGGAAUUGUGGGGUGAAAAUAAAUGGAGAUGAGAAACUGAAGGACAUAAAGAGGGUUUGUGGGGGGGGCGGGGAGGAAGAGAAUCUUUUGCAGACUUACCUGAACCUUGUAAGCAGAUUGAUUUGGGACUGAGUUGAUAAAUUAGUAACUUUGUUGAACUUUGGGGAUUCCCUAUGGAAAUAGGACUCUUGGUUUUCCAUUAAUAAAAUGAAUUCUGAAAUUCAAUGCAAACUGAUCAAAUCUGAAGAUAAUAUCAUACCAGCAAGGACAGUAAAAUGGCCAUAUAAAAUUCAGUUGGACAAAGAAGGUAGAAUAUGGCAAAUUGAAAAUAAUCCAAAGAAUCAUGAAGUGCUGCAAAUCUGAAGGAAGAUUUGAUGAUACAUGGUACUCUUAUGAAUAAAGAUGAAAUUACACCUCCACUUUCUAUCAAGAAGAUUUUAAAGGCCUCAGCUUCCUUCUGCAACAAAGAUCCAAACAAAACUCCCUUCCACUUGUUGGAACACACAUCAAAGUUGCUGGUGAACGCAGCAG